AUGGCGAUGACCCUGUUGGAAGACUGGUGCCGGGGGAUGGAUGUGAAUUCCCAGAGAGCCCUGCUGGUUUGGGGGAUCCCAGUAAAUUGUGACGAGGCUGAAAUCGAAGAGACCCUGCGGGCCGCCAUGCCCCAGGUGCCCUAUCGCGUGCUCGGGAGAAUGUUCUGGAGGGAAGAGAAUGCGAAAGCUGCCUUGUUAGAGCUCACAGGCGCUGUCGAUUACGCCGCCAUCCCCAGGGAGAUGCCGGGCAAGGGAGGGGUCUGGAAAGUGGUCUUUAAGCCUCCGACUUCCGAUGCUGAGUUUUUAGAACGGUUGCACCUCUUCCUAGCGAGAGAGGGGUGGACCGUGCAGGACGUGGCACGAGUCCUUGGGUUUCAGAACCCCGCGCCGGCCCCAGGGCCCGAAAUGCCAGCGGAGAUGCUAAACUAUAUUUUAGAUAAUGUUAUUCAGCCUCUUGUCGAGUCCAUAUGGUACAAGAAGCUGACUCUGUUCUCGGGCCGGGACAUUCCGGGGCCGGGGGAGGAGACCUUUGAUCACUGGCUGGAGCACACUAACGAGGUCAUGGAGGAGUGGCAGGUGUCCGACCUCGAAAAGAGGCGGCGGCUGGUGGAGAGUCUUAGAGGCCCCGCCGCGGAUGUCAUUCGCAUCCUCAAGACCAACAACCCGGCCAUCACCUCUGCCGAGUGCCUGAAGGCGCUGGAGCAGGUGUUCGGGAGCGUGGAGAGCUCCAGGGAUGCUCAGGUCAGGUUUCUGAACACCUACCAGAACCCGGGCGAAAAGUUGUCCGCUUACGUCAUCCGCCUGGAGCCUCUGCUGCAGAAGGUGGUGGAGAAGGGGGCCAUAGAUAAAGAUAACGUGAACCAGGCGCGCCUGGAGCAGGUCAUCGCGGGCGCCAACCACAGCGGGGCCAUCCGGAGGCAGCUGUGGCUGACCGGGGCUGCCGAGGGGCCGGCCCCGAACCUCUUCCAGUUGCUCGUGCAGAUCCGCGAGGAGGAGGCCAAGGAGGAGGAGGAGGAGGCCGAGGCCGCCCUCCUGCAGUUGGGUCUGGAGGGGCACUUCUGA